AACGAGCAGUCGCCAGCUGGUUGCCGGUCUACGUGGAUCGUUGUGGAGCGGAACUUCUUCUUCUUAAUUUUUUUUUACUUUUGGUUCGUGCGUUUGCCGUACGAUAAGCGUAGCUGAUUGGAACGAGAGGAGAGAUCCAGUCACAACACGAUGAGCAGUUGUCGUUGACGAGUUCACGCGGUUGUUUUGAUUAAACGGUUUAGGGAGCUGUCCCGACGUUGCGCUAUAUCGGUAUACUUCGAUGAGAGCGUACCUCUGGCAGCAUGUCGUCGGUGUUCUCGAAACUAGUCGUCAAGACGUCCUCCAAAUACGGCAUCAAGCAAGAACAGCUGAUCCGCGGCGUGCUCGGGGUUUCAACGGUGCUCUACCUGCUCAAGAUCGGUUACCCGUUGGUCACUCACAGUAUACAGCAGUAUCGGAAAAGGAAAAAGCAGACGCAGGAUGCUUCCGAUGUUGACAAGCAAUGUAACAACAAUGUUGUUAGCAAGAAAUCGGCUACCACUAGCAGAAAGUCUGGUGUCGGGUUAGAUCUAGUGUUCCUUAAACAGCUGAUCACGCUGUUGAAGAUCAUGGUGCCCGGUUGGAGAACACAGGAAGCCGGAUUGUUAACGUGCGCCGCAGCAGCGCUCAUUACUAGGACGCUUCUCUCCGUUUACGUUGCAACCUUAGAGGGUCAAAUCGUAAAAAGGAUCGUUCUGAAGGACUUACCUGGAUUCGUCUCAAUGAUGACAAGAUGGUUUGCCAUCGCUCUGCCCGCGACCUUCGUCAAUUCGGCUAUCAGAUAUCUGGAAGGUCGAUUGGCUCUUAGUUUUAGAGGACGCCUGGUGGAGCAUGCCUACAAAAUGUAUCUUAGUCAACAAACGUACUAUAGAGUAUCAGCAUUGGACACUAGAUUAGGAGGUGCAGAACAAAGACUGACAGAUGAUUUGUCUGAACUGGCAAGUUCUGUGGCGCACCUUUAUUCUAGCUUAACCAAACCGUUAUUAGAUUGUACCUUAGUGGGUAUCACACUCAUUUCAUUUUCAUCUAAAAUGGGAGCAAGACAAAUACAAGGACCAAUGCUGUCAACCAUAGUAAUUGCUAUGACUGGGCAAAUUUUGCGUCUUACAUCUCCUAAAUUUGGUCAGUUGGUGGCUGAAGAGGCAGCUAAGCGUGGAAGAUUAAGAGAGGCCCAUGCUCGUAUCAGUGCUCAUGCGGAAGAGAUUGCAUUUUAUGGAGGACACUAUACAGAGCAUCGAUAUUUGAUUACAGCAUACAAAUCUCUUGUGUCCCAUUUAAGAAAAGUGUUAGCACUGAAAUUGUGGUAUGUGAUGUUAGAACAGUUUCUCAUGAAAUACGUAUGGUCUGGCACUGGACUUUUAGUUAUCGCAAUGCCUCUUCUUUACACGACAGUCACUGGAAAUACAAAUGCAGAUGACCGUGAUGGUGGUGUCAGCGAAAGAACCAGAUACUUGACAACAUCCAAAAAUCUUUUAAGUUCUGCGGCAGAUGCAGUAGAAAGGCUUAUGUCAUCUUAUAAAGAACUGGUGGAAUUAGCAGGGUAUACGGCUAGAGUUAGUGAAAUGUUAGAUGUGUUUAAAGAUUCUGCGCUUUGUAAAUACAAAAGAAAUAUUAUUAGUAGUCCACUGAGAAUAGCAAAUGGCACAGCAAACAAUGGUUUAGAUAAAAUUGAAUUGAAAGAUGGUGCACCAGUGAUAAAAGGGAUUGUGCGUGAAAGUACAGAUGGCAGUAUAAGUUUAAUAGACGUGCCAAUAGUUACACCCAACUGUGAAAUUAUCGUGCCUAGUUUAACUAUUCAUAUACAACCGGGUGAUCAUAUACUAAUUACUGGCCCCAACGGCUGUGGAAAAAGUUCAUUGUUUCGUAUAAUCUCCGGUUUAUGGCCAGUGUAUGAUGGUACAUUGGUCAGGCCCUCCGAAAAGUUCUCUGCUCAGAAAGGAAGGCCCGCGUUGUUCUAUAUUCCUCAAAAACCUUAUAUGACCGUUGGUUGUUUGCGGGAUCAAAUCUUAUAUCCUUCAGCAUCGCAAACUGAAAACUGUUCCGACGAGGAGCUUUUGAAGCUCUUGGAGGAAGUUGAUCUACAGUGUUUAGCUGAGCGAGAACCUGAAGGACUCGAUGCUUUUGCUGACUGGGACUCUACUUUAUCUGGUGGUGAAAAACAAAGGCUCGCUAUGACCCGUUUGUUUUAUCAUGCACCACAAUAUGCGCUUUUGGAUGAAUGCACCAGCGCAGUGAGCCUCGAGGCUGAAAGCGUGAUAUAUGAAACUGCCAAAAGGAAAGGAAUUACAUUGUUGACGAUCACCCAUCGGCUGUCAUCACUCGCCAAGUAUCAUAAAUUAUUGUUGCGAUUCGAUGGAGAAGGUGGCUGGACCUUUGGACCUUUGGAUACGGAGAAUUUAACGCUUCUAAUAAAUCAAAAUGGCGAACACACGGAGCACCCAGUGAAAGGAGGUCAUUAUCAGAUAUUACAGGAACUGCGUGACAUCCAUUCGGAAGAAUCGAAAGUUGGAAUCAGUUAAAGAAACUUCGAGAAAAUACCUCGUGUUGACUUAAUUGAAUUCCCUGUAGGAAUUGUAAAUAUAUUUUCACGGAUGUGUUUUGUACAGAGGGUUUACAAACGUUUCUAAAUAUUUUAUUUUUAUACGAGCAAACGUUAUUUAAUGACGUAAGUUAUAAAUAAAUGGUGAUAAACAUAUAUGCGUUGAUGCCUUUUCGACAAAUGUAUCAAUUAUUUAAAUGAAAUAGAUAUGUUUAAUUAUGCAAAUAGAA